AUGAUCAAAAAGCUUUUAAAUCAUAAUAAAUUAAUUUCUUUAAAUAAAACAAGACAAAAUUUAUCUAAUAGUGUAUUGUUGUUAUCAUUACCUGAUGAUCAUUGUACAAAUAGACAAUUUUCAACUUUAUCAAAAAACAAUGUUAAAUUAAUAGAUGAUUUCAAUAACAAUGACAAUGAUAACAACAAUGGUCAAAAAGAAUCUUAUGAAUGGACCAAAUUGGAAGUUAAACAAUUAGAAAAUCUUGUUGAAAAACUUGGUGAAAAUUGGGAUUUGGUUUCCAAGUAUAUGUUUACCAAAUCACCAGUAGAAUGUUAUAAAAAAUAUGCAGGUCUAUUAAAUAUAUUACCUGAUCAUCAUACAAAGAAUUUUAAACAUAAUGAUAACAAUGAUGAUUUAUUAUUACCAUUAGACUAUCAACAUUAUCAAAAAGAAAAAAGUUGGAAGGAUGAAGAAAUUAAAUCCCUGAAUAAUUUAUUUGAGAUACAUGGACGUAGAUGGAAUAAAAUUAUUAAACAUUUUCCAAAUAAAAGUUCCAGUGAAAUAGAACUUUUUGUAAAGAAAAAUCCAGACAAAUUUCCUUCAUUAAGCAAUUCUAUUCAUGACACAUCAUCUAUUAGAUGGCCAAAUGUUGAUUUAAAUAUUUUAAAUAAUACAAUCUCUACCACCACCAUAAGACCAACAACAACAAAUCAAGAUCAUCUUCCAUGGACAAAACAUGAAAUAAAUUUAUUAAAUGAACUUGUUGAAAAAUAUGGCCAAAAUUGGUUUAAAAUAUCUAGUAAACUUCCUGGUAGAUCGGCUAUUUUAUGUGAAUUUAAAUAUCAUCAAUCUUGGAAUCAAAUUAAUAAUGAUGUUACCUCAAUAUCUGAACACCAUUUAUCAAAAGAAGUAAUAGAUGCAUUUAAUUUACUUGUGAAAAAGUAUGGUAGAUGGCAAUUAAUUCCAUUACUUUUGCCAGGAUUUACACCUUUAUGUUUUAAUUCACCCAGAACACGUCAAUGGUCAUCUGAAGAUAAAAAAUUCUUAAAGAAUAUAAUAGCUGAACAUGGGUUUGAUUGGGAUAAAAUUAUUCUUAGCUUUCCAUAUAAAAAACCAAAUGAGGUACGUCAACAUGUUUUCAAAUAUUUUACAAAAUAUCAUCCUCACAAUGUUGUUAAAAAAUCACGUAAAUCAAAACUAGAAGUUAAAUGGGGUGUUGAUGAUAUUUAUCAACUUUUUAAAUUAAGGCUUUCAGGUAAAGAUUUUACAGAAAUUUCCCAAAAACUUAAGCCAAAAAGAACACCAUUAGCAUGUUAUGUAAGGUUUUAUUAUAUUACAAGGUAUUAUGAAUCAUUAAAUACAAAUUGGUCAUUGAUCAAAGUAGUUAAACUUCAAUAUUUAUACAAUAAAUAUGGAAAUAACUGGAAAUUAAUAGCAAAACCAAGUCAUAAUGAUCAAAAAAAAUUUUAUUGGCCUGUUACACGUAAGAAUUGGUCAAAAACAGAUAGAGAUUUAUUAAAGGAUUUAUUAAAAAAAUAUGGAAAUGAUUAUGGACGUCUUGCUGAAUAUUUUCCUGGAAGGACAUUCAAAUCUAUCAAAAAUCGAGCAACAAAGAUGAAAAAAGAUGACCGUAAAAGGAUAAUGUGGUCAAGUGAUGAAAUAAAGAAAUUAGUUGAUUUGGUUAGAAUAUAUAGUGGAAAAUGGGAUAAAGUUUCUGAAAUUAUGAAAAAUAGAAGUUCAGAUGCCUGUUCAAGAAAAUAUUAUACUAUUAUAAAUCCUGAAGGAAACAGAAAUCAAUCUAUAUAA